GUCCGCGCGUACGCGGCGGCGGCCGCGCCGGCGCCCGCCGCGGGGAACGGCUUCAUCGCGCACAAUGGAGUGUACACCGUUGGAGACUUCAUGACAGAAAAGGAGGAUCUCUACGUCGUCAAGCCAUCGACUUCGGUUGAUGAAGCGCUCGAGAUGCUGGUGCAGCACAGGAUCUCUGGUUUCCCCGUUAUCGAUGAUGACUGGAAGUUGGUUGGCGUUGUCUCAGAUUACGAUCUAUUAGCUCUGGACUCAAUGGCAGGAUGUGGACUGGCUGAUACAAACACAAAUAUGUUUCCUGAGGUAGAUAGCAAUUGGAAGACAUUUCGCGAGAUCCAGAAACUCUUGAGCAAAACCAGUGGAAAAGUUAUUGGUGAUGUUAUGACCCCCAAGCCUCUUGUGGUGCGUGAAACUACUAACCUCGAUGCUGCUGCAAGGUUGCUGCUUGAAACCAAAUACCACAGAUUACCUGUUGUUGAUAGCACGGGAAAAUUGGUUGGGAUGAUCACAAGGGGGAAUGUCGUCAGAGCUGCUCUCAAAAUAAAGAAGAAAGCUGAAGAAGGUGCUUAAAAUAGAUAGUGCAGAUGAUUCUUUAUAAGGACAUCACCUGGGGUUAAACCUGCAGCAAUUUGGUAACUCAGCUCAACUGAAACGUUGACUGGUGAGCUGAACUUCGUAAGCUGCUAGCACACAAGCAAAUUUUCCCUGGAGCAUAGAUGGAUAUAAUGUUGUUCACAGUCUAAUGUAAGUAGUGUACUGUUGGGGACGAAUGUAAUAUAGGUAUUGCAUGACAGCAAUUUCAAUUCAUUUGAGGUUGGCGUACUCAGUUGCCUCUCCAUAUUAGGUAGUAGUAGCACAAUGUAUGGAGGUUAAUAUUCUUUACAUUUUUCUUGAUGGCUUGUACGAGCCUCGACCAUGUUAAUUAAGGUGAUUUAUAUAAUACAAUUGGUGUUUGUAUA